AUCCAGCCGCCGCACGAGAAGCUCCUGCAGAUCUUUGAUCCUCGUCGCCAGAGUCAGAGUGCGAGCGCGAAGCGGGAUUCGCUUGAAUGACGUCAGACAUACCCAGUUCUAACAGAGUUUUGCUGUUUGAUGAAACACGUGAUGCCAAUCGCCCCGAAGUCUUCCCGCGAAGCGAGGCACAAAUUUGUUGACCGUUUCUCCAGCUGUCUCAAGCUUCAACACCAACCUUCCUCUCGCCUUCAAAUUGGCCACCAUGAGGAGCCUAACCUUGUCGAUCAAUCAAAGAAAACUUUGUGCCGUUGUAUUCGAGCGGCUCAUGUCAUCGAGUCUCACCCUUUGCACAGCAGAUCCUCCUUGAACUGGGGGAAAGGCUGUGCUAAAGGUUUUGAGGCUCUCAGGCGGUUGGGCAUCAACAAUCCUGUCCAUCGGGCAUCGAGAUUGACAGGGGCCUUUCCGAUGUCACACUCUCGGUUCCGGAAUCUUGUCUUCACCGGGCUGGAUCAAGCCCUUCAACUCUCUCAAAUUCAGUUUUUCCUCUCAGACGCAUCGGGAUACUCCCGAAAGCAUAAAUUGGACGUCCGAAUGAAUUGGUUCCUGAGUCAGUCCGUCAUCCAUUCCUGCAAUGACACGGCCGUUGUUAGCAGACUUGUGGCAUCUACUCGACCACUGACAAUCAGCAACAAAGUCUUGGAUACUGUCCUUCAAGUAGGGAUCUCUUCUCGGCGAAAGUUUGUGCGCCGCCUACCAACCACCAAGAAAUCGUGACACUGAGGCAUCUAAGAUCUCUAAUUUCGAUUGCAGCUUCGGCUGCCAAUAAACAAGCAGAAGGACUGUUCCUUUGUGUUACAAUGGGCUCGUGGCUCACUUCAGUCGACUCGAGCCACACCAUCUUGGGGACAAGUACC